AUGGCGCCCAAUUCCCGCAUCUUCCUCACCCGACACGCUCAAGCAGAGCACAACGUCGACCUGGACUACAGCAUCCCCGACGCGCCUCUCACCCCACUAGGCAAGAAACAAGCCGCUUCCCUCGCACCCCAGCUGGAAAAGAUCCACUCCAAAAUCGACCUGGUCGUCUCCUCGCCCCUCAAACGAACUCUCCAAACAACCAAACUCGGCUGGGCCCCGGCCGUCGAGCGCCUCGGGAUCCAGAAUGUGAUUUGCCUCCCUGAAGCCCAGGAAUGCAACGCCUUCCCCUGCGACACAGGCUCUUCCAAAGAAAUCCUCAAAACCAACACUGAAUUCGCUGGCUUCGACUUCUCCCGCCUGAAACCCGAGUGGACCAGCAAGAAAGGUUUCUGGGCGCCCGAGUCGAAAGGCGAGCGGGCGAAGUGGGUUCGUCAGUUUCUGCGAGAGAGGCCCGAGAAGAACAUCGUUCUGGUGGCGCAUGGAGAUAUCUUGAGGUCCAUCACGGGAAACGAGGGCGGUGAGAGUACGUACAUGUGGAAGAAUGCUGAGGUGAGGGAGUUUGUGUUUGAUCCGAAGUACGUGCAGACGGAGGAGUGUUUUCUCGUCCAGGAGGAGAAUGCGGCGGCGGCGGGUGGGUAUGCGCCGAGUUCGAGUGAGGCGGAUUUGGUGUUUGGGAAUGGGAAGUUGUGA